AUCACCAGUACAGCUCAAUCUACUGAAAUACUUGGCAGUUGGCAUAGGUAAUUUCCUGUUUUGAUACUAUUGCCGAAUAGUUAACAUGUAUAGUUGAAUCUGUGCCGGCGUCUUUAUAACAAUUUUGUUUUAUUUUAUUUAUCAUUUGCGAAGGAUCCAAUAAAUCAUGGGAAUAAAAGGUAAACGAUCGACGUCCUUAUUAGUGAAGUCCGUUUAUUCCAUAAGGGCGUAAUGCAUACACAAUUUUCUGAUACGAUCUUAUCGACGAACGGCCGCACUAAUAUUAUAACAUGCAUACUGCUCUUGGCGCUGGUAUUUCUGAAAACCGCAGAAACCGCGGAGGAAAUUAGUGAUGAACUCAAGCAGGCGUUUUGCGAAAUAUUUCCCAAUACGGAAAACUGUGUACCCGAUAGUUCACCGAGUGCCGGCUCCCCUGUGAAGAACAACGAGCAGAGGUGCAAGUGUGUGCCGCAGCAUCUGUGCGAGGACGAUCAAGUAAUCGUUACGAAUAAAAAAAGGAUAAUCGAUAUCAGAAUUAGCCAGUGUUCCGACUACUUGGAAACGUGUUGCUACAACCAGACGGAAACCCAAGCCGACCACGAUUACAAUGAACUGAACGCCGGCUGUGGGGUUUGGAAUCCGUACGGGGUAGGGUUCACCAUCACUGGCAAUGAUAACAACGAAGCGCAAUUCGGCGAAUUUCCCUGGAUGGUGUCGAUACGCGAAGAAGACGAUUAUACGUUGUCCAGAAACAGCGUAUGCGGUGGGUCGUUGGUUCAUCCCAAAGUCGUGCUGACCGCAGCUCAUUGCGUUUACGGAAAAAACCCCAAGAGUCUAGUAGUUCGUGCUGGCGAAUGGGAUACAAUGACAACGAACGAACCGAUUCCUCAUCAAAACAUUAAAGUAGACAAGAUCGUGAUGCACGAAAAAUACGACGAUAUAAUGGCCUAUAACGACAUCGCACUGAUACUUGUAAGCAAACCGUUUAAGUUGACGGAAAACAUUCGAACGAUUUGUUUGCCAAACACAGGAUUCGAGAACGGCUUAGAGAGAUGUUUUGCAAGCGGUUGGGGCAAAGAUUCGAAGUCUGUAAUAAGGUCUAAUCAAGCCAUUCUAAAAAAAAUCGAGUUACCCAUCGUACCCCGUUCAGCAUGUUUAGAUGAGUUGCGAAAAACCCGACUUGGGGAAAGCUUUGAACUUCAUGAAAGUUUUAUUUGCGCCGGUGGAGAAGAUGGAAAAGACACUUGUGACGGCGAUGGCGGUAGUCCGUUGAUGUGUCCCAUACCAGAAUAUCCCGAUAAGUUCCAUCAGUCUGGUAUAGUUUCAUGGGGAAUAGGUUGCGGACAAAAUAACAUACCUGGAGUCUACACGAACGUCGCCAAGUUUAGAAAUUGGAUUGACAAACAAAUGAACAAACAUAAUUUAGAUAAACAACACUACAAUCCGAGCGCAUAAAAUUUGUAAUAAUUAUGUAUUUAAAUAUUGUAUUUGUUAUUAGUUAGUAUUAUAACAUGUUCACUAUACUAGUUAUGUUAUGUUCAAAAAACGAAAAGAAUCUUUGAAAUUUAAGUAUCAGAAAUACUCAAAAAAACCAUAGUACAAUGAAUCAAAUUAUAUUUAAAAAAAUUACUUAAUUAUUCAUUAAAUGAGUGUUUUUUAAAAUUGUUUUAUCUCUUUUGUAUGUCUACGUCGUUUCUAAACUUUUUU